UCCGCCUCCGCGCCCUGCCGGGCCUGCGCGCUGCGACCGGGGCCGGGCCAUGACCGGCGAGGCCGUGCAGGCGCUGCUGCGGCGGCUCCGGGCGCUGCAGGGCGAGCGGGCCGAGGCGUACCGGCUCUUCGAGGAGGGCCACCGGGCGUACCUGAGCAGCGCACCCCACUAUGACUUCCCGCGUUACCGGCAGCUGGUGCACGAGAUCACGCUGGCCUUUAGUGGCAUCUCCCGGGAGGUGCUGUGCAUCGCUGGGCGCCUGCGGGACGAGCUCGCCCGCCCCGACCUGGCCCAGCACCUUGCCCGCCUCCAGGAGCGGGAGCAGGAGAAGCUGCAGCUGACGGCGCAGCUCCAGCUGGCUCGGCAGCGGGUGCAGGACCAACCCGACGUGGACGCCCAUCAGCAGGAGGUGCGGGAGCUCAAGCACAAGCUAAUUAAAACCAUUGAGGCAAUCAGCGAAAUUCUCCAGGACCUCAAGUAUGAUUCGGAAGAAGUCGAGUGAUGGGUGUCCCCGUGGGAACUGCUGGAGGGGCCGGCUGGUGGAGCGGGGGCCCUGCUCGCUCCCCCCCCAGCCCUCACCCGCUCCUGAUGCAGCCCCCCAACCCACCCUGGGCACCCACGCCACCCCAGCGAGGUGGGCACCUUCCCCCCGCCCCCAGCCCCUUUUCUUAAGCAGAGCCUGGAAAGGGUGGAGAACUCCCCCCACCACUACCCUCUCCGGGAGAAGUGGGGUCUCCCCUGAAUCCUGAGCACCCCUCAGCAGAGGGGUCCAGCGUGGGGCUGGUUCCACCCCCCGGCCCUGCCGACCAUGGUGGGGCUUUACCCAAGGGAAACCACAACCCACGGUUGCCAAGGGGCUGCCUUGCUUUGACCCCCAUUGCGAUGGGCUCUGCCUUUGCUGCCAGCUGGAGCUCCGCAGGCAGCAGCCCCCCAAAACCACCUCUCGGAGAUCAGCUGCGACCCCAGCCCCAUGGCAGCUCUGGUGCCCCACAAGUGUCCUUUCUACGGUCAUCCCACAAUAAAGCUGUC